AUGGGGCAUGAACUGAAUACUUCAUUUCUAACUACAAAUAUAGGUGAACAGUCUUCUUUUAAAUCAAAUAAUGACUGUUUAAAUAAAAAUGAAUCAUUAGAAGACUAUCUUAACUUUUAUUCAUCACGAAAAUGUUACGUUGAUCCAGUGAACUUUGAAUCAAAUACUUUAAAUAUCGUUGAAAUAAAUAGAUUAAAUGGUGACAUGGAAGAAAAUAUGAUUAACGAUAUUGAAUUAAAUAAUAUUAAUGAUACUGAAAAAAAUAAUUUAAACAUAAUGGAAUUAAAUAAUUUAGAUCUAGAAGAUGGCAUAAAUGCCUCAUAUGCUAUUACAACUGAUUUAAAAGAGCAUAAAAAUGACAAUAUAAAUGCUAUAUCUGAAAAUGUAUACGGUUUUGAAAAAGAUUUCAAGCAGAAAGUAGAAUAUUAUGAGACUGAACAAAUUAAUUAUGUAGAAGUUAAUGUAAAUAAAGAAAAUGAUAAUCUAGAAAUUGUAAAUGAAAUUAAUAAAGUAAAAAUGGGAGAUGAAGAAAAUCUUGAGAUUAAAGAAAAAGAAUCAAGCCAUCAAAAUUAUUUCAAAUCUACGAAUGAAGAUAAAGGUAAAAAAGAUAAUGAAGAAUUAAAUGUAUCAGAUAAGUUUCCUUUAGGUGAAAACGAAAUGAUGUAUAAUGAAUGUGCCUUAACAAAAGACUUCUUUGAAACAAUUGAGAAUAUAAAUACAAAGGUGUUUGAAAAAUAUAAUAAUUUAAAAGAUGUCACUGAAAAUUUAGUAGAUAUUAUAAAUAAAUCUGAUUUUGAGAAAAGGAUAAAUAAUUUAUUGGAUUUAAGCAAUAAUAACUCUGAAUUGAUUGAUAAAUUCAAAAAAAAAAGUGAAGAUUGUAUUCGUCAAUGUCGUAAAUUUGAAACGACCUCUGAAAAUUUAAUUGGUGAAUGUAUUAAUACUUUGACACAAGCAAGCAUAUGUUAUGCUGAAUGGGUUUGUUUGCAUUCCUUCAAAAUAGAUCCAAUUGAUAAUGACUUAAAAGAUAUACGACUAUUUAUUGAAAAUAGUCAAUAA